AUGGUGGAUGUUGAUGUUUGUGCCGUUGGAGAUAGCACCAGAAGAAAAAUGGAUGCCCUGACAGAUAGUGCAGUUGAGAUUGUCCCUUUGGAGCUCUAUGAUUCAGCCAGAGCAAAAAUAGCUGCUAAUCUACAAUGGAUCUGUGCUAAAGCCUAUGGAAUAGAUAAUAUCCCAGAAGAGCUGAAGGACCCAUUUUACAUAGACCAGUAUGAGCAAGAACAUAUUAAACCACCUGUCAUCAAGCUGUUGCUGUCCAGCGAGCUGUACUGUCGUGUCUGUAGCCUCAUUCUCAAAGGGGAUCAGGUGGCUGCUCUGCAGAGACACCAGUCAGUGAUUCAGGCUCUGUCUCGGAAAGGGAUUUACGUCAUGGAGAGCGAUGAUGCCCCUGUUUCUGAAUCUGAUCUCGCCUGUGCACCAAUCAAAAUGAGUUCUCAUAUGGCAAUGAUUGAUGCUCUAAUGAUGGCAUACACUGUAGAAAUGAUCAGCAUUGAAAAGGUGGUUGCUAGUGUCAAACGUUUUUCUACGUUCAGUGCCUCAAAAGAACUACCCUAUGAUCUGGAAGAUGCAAUGGUUUUCUGGAUUAAUAAGGUGAACCUUAAAAUGAGAGAGAUAACAGAGAAAGAGGUCAAAUUAAAACAGCAAUUACUAGAAAGCCCAGGUCACCAAAAGUCUCCUUCCAAAUGGUAUUGGAAAUUAGUACCUGUGCGUUAUCGACGAGACCAUCUUUCAAGCAGGCAAUUACCUUAUUUCCCAUUACUUGAAGACCUGAUGAAGGAUGGCAGUGAUGGUGCUGCUCUUCUAGCUGUGAUACACUAUUAUUGCCCAGAACAAAUGAAGCUAGAUGAUAUCUGUUUGAAGGAGGUAACCUCAAUUGCAGACAGCCUCUAUAAUAUUCAGCUUCUGAGAGAAUUCUCAAAUGAAUAUCUAAACAAAUGUUUUUACCUUACAUUGGAGGACAUGCUAUAUGCUCCUUUAGUUCUGAAGCCUAAUGUUAUGGUUUUCAUUGCGGAACUAUUCUGGUGGUUUGAGAAUGUCAAGCCAGACUUUGUACAGCCCAGGGACAUUCAAGAAAUAAAAGAUGCUAAAACAGUGUUGCAGCAGAAGAGCAGUCGUCCACCUGUUCCUAUUUCCAAUGCAACUAAACGAAGUUUCAUGGCUAGUCCGGCUAGUACAAGUCCAGCAGACCUGCAGCCUUCAAUUCAGCUACCCCCAGAAGCUUGCAACAGGUAUUACCUGCACCCUGAAGAAUCUGACUAUCUUGGCAAAGGAAGCCCUGCCUUUAGCCCAUCCCAUCCAUUACUGCCUUUGAGACAGAAGCAACAGAAAUCACUGCAAGGGGAGGAUAGCUCCGGUCAUCGACAUCGUUCUAAUUCUUUGACACGAGUUGAUGGGCAGCCACGAGGUUCAGUUCUUGCAUGGCCAGAGAAAAAACCCAGGCCUCUGUCUCAGCCAACACCAUUUGCUCUUCAUCAUGCCACAAGUAGCGAUGUGGACCCUGGAUCUGGUGACAGCAUUAGCCUGGCUAGAUCAAUCAGUAAAGACAGCCUAGCUUCAAAUAUUGUCAAUCUAACUCCAAAACACCAGUCUCAUCCUUCAUCAAUUAAAACGAAUGGAAAAAGCUUACUGAACAAUGUUGAAAUUGAGGAUGAAGAUGAAGAACUUAUUGCAAUAAUCAGAUCUGAUGAAAUACCAGACCGGGGUGACCUCGAACUGAAGAGUGUAUCGUCCAGGGCACCUAGCCUGGUUGCAACCGCAUGGUCUUCAAAAACACAAAGUGAGGCCAUAGAAAGCAAACCAGAUAGUUUUUACUUAGAACCUUUAAUGCCUGCAGUCCUAAAGCCAGCAAAGGAAAAACAAAUGAUCAAUAAAGAGGAUGAGUGUGGCGAGGGGAAACAAAGGGGCUUCAUAACAAAAAGGCUAAAUGAGGGGCACCUCCCUAUGGUCCGUAAAAAAGCAAAUAGCAGUCAUGGUGAUCAUGAUAUCAAUAGGACUUUUACUCCAAUUUCUAGUUCUGAUUUCAUGGCAGUUGCAGAUCCCUGUACUGCAGAUUCAAUGACACUCUCCGAGGCAGGAUUAGAAGCUCCUAGUCCAUUAGCUAGUAGCAGUUUAGAUCCUUCAUCUCAGGAGCAAUCCACUGGAGGAUUCUUCCUUCAUACUGCCAAAGUUGAUGAAGAUGUAACAAGCAAAGUCAAUGUCAGCUAUGUGAAAAGUUCUAACCCACAUGUUCCCAGUACCACAUGGACUAUGAUGAGACAAGAUUCUGAUUCAGAUCUCGAUGCAGAGGUGGCUGAACAAGAUUUGGUGGUAGUAGAUGACCAUCCAGUAGUCACUAAAUACAUAGGUGAAGAGGAAUCAGCAAAGUUACAAGAGGAUAUGAAGGUAAAGGAACACGAAGAUAAGGAUGAUGCCAGUGGACGUUCAAGUCCAUGUCUGAGUACAAUUUCUCAAGUUAGCAGUGUGUCCAUGACUAGUGGGAGUGUCAGAAUGACUAACUUUGCAGAACGGAAGCUCCAAAGACUUAAUAGCUAUGAAACAAAGUCCAGUACAAGUAGUUCCCAAAAGACCACACCAGAUGGGUCAGAGAGCUGCCCAGCACCAUUAACGACUUGGAAACAAAAGCGAGAGCAAAGCCCCACCAGACAAAAUAAAGAUAAUGUCAAUCUUUUGGCUUCUGAACUGGUACAGCUCCACAUGCAGUUGGAGGAGAAGCGAAGAGCAAUAGAAGCUCAAAAGAAAAAAAUGGAGGCUCUGUCUGCUAGGCAGCGACUAAAGCUGGGCAAGGCAGCUUUUUUGCAUGUUGUUAAAAAAGGGAAAGCUGUCGAUGUUCCACAACCACUUAAACCAGAACACUUAGCAAAAGAAUACUCUCGGAACAGUGGUGAAGAUUUAGAUGAAGUUUCUUUGAGUUCAAAGUCUGAGGAAUUUCUGGUAAGAGAGGAAGAGAGAGAAGAAAUGCUUUAUGAUUCACAAGAAGUAACAAAAGUGAAAAUGCAAGAAAACAUAGCUUUUGUUGAGCUACACAAACCAAAAGAAUCUGCUGCUAUGCAUGAAAUAGAAAAAAGCAAGAUUAUUUCUGCUGCUCUUCUAGAAGAUAAUGGUGCUGAAGUGGUGGAUAUCAAUGAAUGUGAUCUUUCCAUUGAAAAACUAAAUGAAACAAUCAGUACACUUCAGCAGGCAAUAUUAAAGAUUUCUCACCAGCAAGAACUUCUUAUGAAAUCUCCAACGGUACCAUCACCAAGUACAAGAAAUAACUCACAGGACCAAAAGGUAAAACCAUCAAUUCAUUUUGUUGAACCCCUCUCUCCAACUGGAAUGAGCAAUCUUCGUAAACCACCUCGACUUGGUCAAGGGCGGAGUCCUCGCUCUGGAAAACCAGUUGAACUGAAAGUUGCUAAAGACAGACAUCAAAACUCCACACGUAUUAAAACCCCAACACAAAGUGUAGAAACCUUACCACAUUUAAGACCAUUUCCAUCUAAUAAUCCAUUCAGGACACCAACAGAAACUGGUUUUGAAAAUAGUCCAGAUCAUGGAAGUGGCUCUCAAGAUAAGUUUUUCUUUGAUAGCUAUAGACGCCAUGAUGAGAGUAAUCAACGGGCAUGUGUUCUUUCCACUUCCAAAGAUGCAAAUAUUAUCUCUGAAAUGAGCAAAGAUGUGAAUAGCAGCUUAAAAGAAGGAUUAAAUUCUUCCGAUGGCUCAGGAAAAGAAAACGUCCCAGUGGAUGAACCACUGAGAAGCAAGGUUAAUCUCAUAGAAGUAGACCUGUCUGACUUAAAAGCCCCGGAUGAAGAAGGAGAAAUUGAAAGCCAGGAUAGCUCUACGGACAUAAUUAAUGAAGGUGAUCAGAAGUCUGGGCUAGGGUUUUUCUUCAAGGAUGAACAGAAAGCAGAAGAUGAACUAGCAAAAAAGCGCGCAGCAUUCCUUUUAAAACAGCAGCGGAAAGCUGAAGAGGCUCGGAUCCGAAAACAGCAGCUUGAGGCAGAAGUUGAACAAAAAAGAGACGAAGCCCGUCGCAAAGCUGAAGAGGACCGAAUACGUAAAGAGGAAGAGAAGGCCCGAAGAGAACUCAUCAAACAAGAAUACUUGAGGAAAAAACAGCAGCAAAUUUUGGAAGAGCAAGGACUUGGAAAACCCAAAUCAAAACCCAAGAAACCUAGGCCAAAAUCUGUCCAUCGAGAAGAAUCAUACAGUGAUUCAGGAACAAAGUGUUCUUCCACACCUGAUAAUCUAAGUAGUGCUCAGUCUGGUUCCAGCCUGUCUUUGGCCUCAGCAGCAACUACUGAACCUGAAAGCAUACACUCUGGUGGCACUCCUUCCCAACGAGUAGAGUCAAUGGAAUCCUUACCAAUAUUGAGUAGGAAUCCAAGCAGAAACACAGAGAGAGAUUGGGAAAAUGCGUCAACAGCAUCUUCAAUUGCUUCAGUGGCCGAGUACACAGGUCCCAAAUUAUUUAAAGAACCCAGCAGCAAGUCAAACAAACCAAUUAUUCACAACGCUAUAUCCCAUUGCUGUCUUGCUGGAAAAGUGAAUGAACCACAUAAGAAUUCAAUAUUAGAGGAACUAGAGAAGUGUGAUGCCAACCACUACAUUAUUUUGUUCCGUGAUGCUGGCUGCCAGUUUAGAGCACUUUACUGCUACUACCCUGACACUGAGGAAAUCUACAAGCUGACUGGAACAGGGCCAAAGAGCAUCAACAAGAAAAUGAUUGACAAGCUUUAUAAAUAUAGCUCAGACAGAAAACAGUUUAACGUAAUUCCAGCCAAAACCAUGUCUGUCAGCGUGGAUGCUCUUACUAUUCAUAACUAUUUGUGGCAAGCCAAGCGACCUGCAGUGCCAAAGAAGACUCAGACUCGUAAAUGA